GUCUAGUAUUGGCGAAUACUGUAUUAUCUAGAGCAACCGAACCUACCAUAGCACUCAGUACAUUUUAGAAGAAAGAAGUAGUGGCAACAGUAUGGCGUCUGAAAACACCGACGGGGCAACACUAAAAACGCCGGCAGCAGCAAGUUUUCCCGUAGAAGCCCGCGUCAUUCUCAAGGGCUUGGUCAAGGCCCCCCAUCUGAAUGGGAAAAGAGGAGUGGUUCGCUCUGGUCUCACCGAUGCCGGGCGCCACAACGUUUUCAUCCAAGACCUCGACAAAUCCGUGGGUCUUAAGCCCUCGAACUUAGAAUACGAACCGAUUUCACUGGACGAUCUAUCGGUGAAAGAGCUCAAACUCAUUCUCAAGUACAAAUGCCUGCAACCGAAGAAUUUGGCGGGUAUGGACAAGAGCGACCUGCGGGUCGAGGUCUCCUCGUCCCUUGGUGAGUCCGAGUCGCUUCCCAAACUCCUUGCCAAUGCAAAAGCCAACAAGGACGCAUUCAUCCCCACGACGACCACCCACAGCCAGGCCGCGGAUCAGCUGAGCAAGAUGUCCCCGGACCAGCUCCGGCAGCAGGCUAAGAUGAUGAGAACGAUGGACCCCGAUGUAGUGAGGCGGAUGAACCCGCAGCUGGCAAACGCCUCAGACGAGCAGCUUAGAAUGGCGGCAGAUCGAAUGGAAAUGAUGGCCAACAAUCCGGAGAUGAUCAAGAUGGCAGCAGCCCAGAUGAGGGGAAUGGGUCCCAAUCCCAACGCAGCAGCAACAACUUCCAAUUCUUCGAGGUCAGCAGCAGAAAUUCCCACCGCAUUUCCCACACCGACCGCCUCCCAGACCAAGCAGGCCGCGGACAUGAUGAAAAACAUGACCCCGGAACAGUUUCGGCAGCAAGCCCAGAUGCUCAAAACGAUGGAUCCAGAUGUGAUCCGGCGGACGAAUCCUCAACUGGCCCACAUGUCGGAUGCCCAGAUCAAAAUGGCGGCGACCCAGUUCGAGAUGAUGGCGAACAAUCCAGCGAUGAUGAAAAUGGCCAUGGACCAGAUGAAAAACACCAGCCCCGAACAGCUUGAAGCCAUGAGAAAGGGGCAGAUGCCGGCAACCGCUACAACCCCGGGUGGUGUGCCGUCGCAGGCCAACAUGGCUCAGAUGGGAGCCGAUCCAUCCGAGAUGCUGGCCGGCAUGGACAAGAAACAGCUCAAGGAAAUGCUCAACACCGUGAAGGACAACCCUGAAAUGAUGAAGCAAUUCGCGGACAUGACAGGAAUGAGCGAGGACCAACUGCGUCAGGGAGUUGAGAGUUUUGCGGGGAUGGACGACUCGAAACUGGAAGCAGCCCUCACCAUGAUGAAGACCGCGCAAAAGGCUAAGGAUGCCUGGGCGCAGGCCGAUGCGAAAGUCGGCGGCAAGCUGAAACACAUUCUAAUCGCUUCGGCGGUCGCGUUUCUUGGAUGGAUCGUUUGGUACUUUUUCUUGAGAACGGCUGCGGUGGAUGCUCCUCGGGUGUUUGCCGACCUCCACCAACAACACGCAACAGAAGAUAUCAUCGAUGACGACCCGAACAGCGAAUUUUAAAGACGCGUUAAAGACUUUUCCA